AGCCGGCAAGCGGCGUUCAUUCCUUAGGCGAGACUCGGAGCGAAGCACGUGCGUAGCGUUCAAUACCGAAGUUAUCAUUCGCGAUCGAAUCGUGUACGACGAAGAGACGCGGGUACACCUCGUUGAGUGGUUGAGUGACAAGGGAGGAAAGAAAGAGAGAGAGAGAGAGAGAGAGGAGAGGAGAGAGAGAGAGAGAGAGAGAGAGAGAUUCGUACACACACUCGAGUGCACACACGCGGGCGGAAACAUGGCCGACAGUGGUAUCAAGCGCAACAUUCCGAUCAAGCUCGGUGACUUCAGCGUGAUCGACACCGAGUUUUCCAACAUACGCGAGCGCUUCGACGCCGAGAUGAGAAAGAUGGAGGACGAGAUGUCGCGGUUCCGCAGCGAGCUGAUGAACCGCGAGAGCAACAAUUUCUUCAAGAGCACCACCAGUCGGCAUCACACGAGCACCAGCGAGCACCGCACGUCGACGACCUCGAAGACCGAAGGUUGGGACAAGGUCGACCCUGCAGCACCGCCAAAGCGGUCCGCGUUCGACAGCUUCAAAAGCACCACCACGCAACAGACCACUCAGAACAGCAGUUCCCUGAGUCCUCAGCAUGACGCUCAUACUUGGCUGGACGGCCUCAACAGCCCCCUCAUUCAAGACGAGGGUGACAGCAAGAUGCUGAAGCUUCGCUUCGACGUUUCGCAGUACACGCCCGAGGAGAUCGUCGUCAAGACCGUGGACAACAAACUGCUGGUUCACGCUAAACACGAGGAGAAGACGGAGAGCAAAUCGGUGUACAGGGAAUACAAUCGGGAGUUCCUGUUGCCGAAGGGAACCAACCCCGAGAGCAUCAAGUCCUCCUUGAGCAAGGACGGUGUCCUCACCGUGGAGGCGCCCUUACCGGCGAUCGGCUCCGGCGAGAAGCUCAUCCCGAUCGCGCAUCAGUAAACCUCCGGACGAGUCGCGGAGAAUCGACUUUGGAUUUGCCGCCUCAAGACAAAAUUCCUCCUGUUCCGAUUACCAUCCACUAAAAAAUCGGACCUUCCUUUCAAGUAACCGAUCCAAAUUGUAAGUCCUAAAUCCUUCUUUUAUCGAUCCUUCACAGCGGUUUGAAAAGAAAAAAGAAAAAGACGAGUUCUUUACAAAUAUAUAUAUAUAUAUAUAUAUACACGCGCGUACACA